AUGUCCGACUUCUUCAGAUCGUUCAACAAGAUCGUCAGCCAGAAACAGCGAGCGACUAUGGCGUAUCGACCUCAAGCUAACGGCACAGCAGAGCGUAUGGUACAGACGUUGACACGUGCUCUCAAGAUGUGCGUGGCUGAUGUAAACCAGAAGGAUUGGGAUGAAUACGCAGAACGGUUGACUUUCGCACUCAAUACGGCUCAAGAUCGUGAUCGACUCGACGUCGAGAACCCCGCCGGUGGCGUUAUCAUAUCCAGAAACACUACCAUCAGGCUCGUUAAUGAACGUCUGCGCGAAGCUAUUCAAGAGAGAGCAGAUCGGCAUAACGAGGCGGCCCAACCACACAAGAUCGAGGUUGGUUCACAAGUAUGGCUGUACCUAGAUCGUGUAAAGGAGGGAUAUGCGCGUAAACUGGCACAUAUGUGGCAUGGGCCGUUCCGAGUUGCGGAAGUCGUUGACUCACACGCGGUACGACUGGAAAUCGCAGGAUCUGACUAUCACGUGUUUCCAGUGGUACAUGUGUCCAAACUGAAACUGGUUUGGAAAUUCCCAGAUUGCCCGAAUGUGAGAUUGAGGGUCCAAGAUCAAGAUCGACUCGACUUCGAUGAAGGGUUGUUACCUGAAGACAGCUGGGACACUGAGCUCGACGAGGGUGAAUACGAAGUCGAACGCGUCUCGGACGAGCGAACAGGACGUCGAACACGCUACGGACGGAAGCUGCGCGAGUUCCUGGUCCACUGGAAAGGUUACGACGAUCCGACAUGGGUCGACGAAGCCGAUCUUAACUGUGGAGCACUGCUACAUGACUACUUGCGCAACCAGACCAAUCGAAGACGAUUCGGGGUGAUGCAGUCGCACGAGGAGCAGUAA